AUGCAUCCUUUUUUAAUUCAUCAGAAAUUGGAAUAUCGGAUAUUUAUCGUUGAGCAGUAUGGUAACAAAACGUUCAACAAAGGGCGUGUGUUCAACGCGGGCUUCAAGGAGGUGAUGAAGUAUGAGCAGUGGAGGUGCAUAAUUUUCCACGACGUGGAUCUGCUGCCGCUGAACAGCCGCAUCCUGUACUCCUGCCCCUCCUUCCCGAGGCACAUGAGCCCCGUCUUCUUCAACAGCAAGGGAGUCAGAUUCUGGUAUGCGAUGUUUGGCGGCGUGACAGCGAUGACGCCUGCGCACUACGAGCAGGUGAACGGCCACUCCAACCUGUAUUGGGGCUGGGGCGCGGAGGACAAUGAUAUGUAUUGGAGGCUCCGAGGUGUGGGACUGCCAGUGUUCAGAUACGAUAAGAUUUACGCGCAGUAUUUAGCACUGCCACAUCAGAGAGAACCUGAGAAUCCAGACAGGUACAAACUGCUCCAUACAUCAAUAGACCGAUGGAAGUUGGAAGGUUUAAACGACAUAGAGUACAACGUGAUAUCCACUAAGUUAGAACAUCUGUACACGCAUAUUGUUGUUGAUAUAGAUAUCGACCCAUAACCGUUGUCAGAAACAUUAGGUGCAUUUAAAGAUGCAUAACAUAACAUAAGCAUAACAUAAUCUCACGACUAUCCCGAUGGGGUAGUCAGAAUUAAAUCCAUCGCAAGAUGAACUAACUACGGCCACACCUCACCGAGC